CCUUCCCCCACUCCCUCCCCUAGAUGGCAGGUAGUCCCAUACAAGUUAAAUACUCUAAAGUCACAUACCAUAACUUAUUCAGCCAUUCUCCAACUGAUUCCUUGCCACUACAAAAAGGGCUACUACAAACAUUUUUGCACAUAUGGGUGCUUUUCCCUUUUUAAUGACCUCUUUGGGAUGCAGACCCAAAAGAGACACUGCUGGAUCAAAGCAGUUUUCUAUUUCUUUGGGCAUAGCUCCAAUUGCUCUCCAGAAUGGCUGGAUCAAUUCACAACUCCACCAACUAUGCAUUAGUGUCAUCUCUCCUUUCUUAUCUAGCCUUAAUCACUGAAUGGUUCGGCCUCAGACAAACGCAUACCACUUAAAGACCUUAGAUUAAAAAGGCCAAUCUCUUCACUGCAUCCAGUCCUAGUCCUGAUCCAUAUAUGGUCAUCUAUCUGGUUAAUGGGCGCAGAUGGCUCCGGAGAACAAAGUGAGGUGCUCCGGAGAACAAAGCCAAUAGAAACAGAGCCUCCCUCUUUAAGAUCCACUCCAUUUGCAUAUCAUGGUCAUCUUCAAGAAGAAAAAUUAACAAUAAGAUUCUGCCACGGUAACAAAGUUCAGCAAAACCCACUGAUAGAACGACCUGUCUUAACAUAGUAUCAAAUAUUCCACCUCCCUAGCCCCCCACCUUUCCCGAGAUAUGAAGAAUAGCAUGUUCCCACCUCUUCUUUUGACAAAAUCUGUUCUCGUUAAUUAAGAGUCCCGUUUGCUUCAUUGUUUUUCCCUUUAUAUUAUACAGUAACAUGUCUCUGGUUACAGUUUGUCCCCAAACUUGUUCUUACUGAAGGAACAUCACUACUCUCACCCCUCCCACCAAAAAAAAAAAAAACACGCAGAAGACACGCACACAACACGUAAGCACGCACGCGUCCUGAAAACUCCGCCCUUAUGCCGCCCACAAGUCUUUAAAUUUUAAACUCAGAAUUCAGGCCAGUGAGCACACAGCUUCUUCCGGUAUGGCCCCGCCCCCGUGUAAACGUCACGGAAUCGCCCCAAUCAGAGCUGGAUUUUCCUCUAAACCUUUUCCGGUUAGUGAUAAGAUGGGGCGUUGCUCGUUUGAUCUACGUAGGGAAGAAGCCAAUAGAAACAGAGUCUAGUUCAGAGCCGAGCGGGAGCUAUGAGUUUUCUCGACCAAUGGGAGCAUCUCCUAGGGAGCGCGGGAGGCAUUUGACUGAAGGAAGAAGAGAAUGGCGGUGGCCUUGUGGUAAGACAGGCCCGAGCCCAGGUAUUAGUAAGAGAAAAGAGAGAAGCGCUUUGUAGGAGAACAGAGUAACCGAGAAAAUUUAAAAGGAGGGAUUUAAGGGGAGAAAGCGGCGUUCACGGGCCUGGGCGUUCUUACUGGAGAAAUACAAACGAGUUCCUCAGCGUUGGAAAACUGAGAAAGGGGCUCGCGGACCCUGAUCGGGCUUAAAGAGGAGGCGGGGCGCACCGCUAACCCCGGAGGGGCGGCUCCGAGGGCGCGCAUCGCUGACCUCGGAGAGGCAGCCCCAAAGGGGAGGUGCGCAGUGACCUCGGAGGGGCGGCCUGGGGGGCGCGUGGCACCGAGCUCCGAGGGAGGCGCGGACCCUUCUCUAACAACAUGACCUGCUGUCACAACGUGCUGCUGCUGCUGGACACCGCCGGAUCCGCCAGGAAGAACCAUGUCCAGCUGGUCGCCCUGCGGCUCCUCAACUACCUGAGCUGCCGUUUCGGCCUGGGUAGAGUCCGCUGGGGUUUCCAGUUCUUUAAUUCUCAGGGGGCCCGGAGCCGGCCGUCGCGAGUUUCCGAUUUUCGUGAGCUGGGGCCCAGCAGCUGGGAAGACUUCGAGGAAGAAUUGGAGGCCAGGUUCGGGGAUCGGGCCCAGCGCCCCCACUUGCCCGGCCCAGCGACCAGGGCCACCCACAUCCAGAACGUCCUGACGGAAACCCUCCUGGAUUACCAGUGGGACCUGCCCGAAAUCUCGUCGCCUACUAAGCCCUUUCUAAGAAGCAGCCGGCGACGAUUGCUAGGCUCCCCUGAUGAGCCUGGGGGGACUGAUGCUGACCGCAGAGGCUUGAUGAAUGCCGUUUUCCUCUUUUCCCCUUGCCCCCAUUCCCAAAGGGAACUGCUGCAGUUUGUGGCCAGGAGUGAUGGCCAUUCCCAGCACUUACUGCCUAACACUCAAGUGGUCAUGGAGAAGUUAUUACCCAAGAGAGUGCAGGAAAUUCUGACGGGCAGAAAGAUUUCUCUUUAUUGGGUGGAUACUACUGAAAUGUCUAAGUUGCAAGAUGCCCCAGACCACCUUGGGUACUGGACAAUGUUUGAACUGUUUCAACAUGUAGGAGGGACUGUUUUGCCUCCUGAAAUUUUAGCCCAGUGUUUUAAUCAAGAUGGUGAAAAGUUGCCCUACUGUGAUGGAGUGAAUGCUAACCAGGGACCUACUCAACUCCAGUUCUCUCCAUGGAUUUCAAGUUUGCCAUUUGAAUCUACUUUAAACUGCUUGCUAUCCCAACCACCCAGAUACCACGCAUCAUUUCCACAAAUAGAAGGAAUAUUAUUUCUGCCUGUUGAAGGUAAUAAGCCUCAGCAAACCUGGAAAGUCACCCUUGAGCCUUUAGCUAUGCAUCAAAGGAACUUUCAGAGACCAGUCAGUAUUUUCUUAAAUGGCACUGUAACCCAAUGGACUCAUCCAAUGAGCAAUAAUUUUGGCACAGAAAGCUGGAUUCUACAGAGCUUGGAGAAUGAGAAAUCAGAACAAGGGAAAUUAUUUCAGCAACUUGUUAGAAGACUGUCAGCUGAAAAAUUACAUUUGGUUGCUGAUGUAGAUCCUGGUGAAAGUUGGCCAUCUAGUACUGGAAUUAUAUCUCCUCUUUCCAACACUGCUACAAUUCUUACUGUGUUUCGAAAUGAACAUAAUGAAUUCCAGGAAUAUCUCCACCAAGAUGUAACAGAGAAUUUUCAUGAUACAACUUACCUUCUUCCAGAUGUUGUAAAGAGUGUAUUGAACCAAAUUCAUAAUUCACAUGAAAAUUCUAAUACUUAUGACGUUCCUGUUUCUGACUGGGUCCAGCAGGAACUUGGCCGGACUUAUCCUUGGAGUGCUGCAAUUGUGGAAAAGUGGUUUCCUUUCUCUAAUCACAGUGGUGCAAGUUCAAAUUUAAUGGAAUCAUUCUGGUUACUACAAGCUACCUCAACUAAUAAGGAAGAAUCCUCUAGGACAGAAGGAGAGCUAACACAUUUUCUCUCUGAGUUCUACCAGAGAAAAUCUCGUGAAGAAUUUACUACGAUUGGUCAAGAAGAUAACAAAAAGAAACGGGGUGUCCCUGGUACUCCAGUUAGACAGAAGAUGAAGAGUAUGUCACGUUCUCUAAAGAUGUUGAAUGUUGCAAGACUGAAUGUAAAAGCCCAGAAACUUCAGCCAGAUUGCAGCCCAUCCUCUUCAGCUGGGGAGAAAAUAGUCCAAAAGACAACAUUCAGAAGAAAUGAAGAAAAACUGGAAGAGAGAGGAAAAAUGUUGAGAAGUUCUAAACCUAAAGAUUUUAAAACUGAGGAGGAGCUACUAUCUCACUUAAAUGAAAAUUACCAGAAAAUUGUGGCCAUGGGAGAAGGCUUACCACAUACAAGUGCCCAGAAUAUGAUCUUAACCAUUAAAAUGUUCCUGAAAUCCAAAGGCACCAAAGAUUUAGAAAUAGCCUGUCUAGAUCGAAUAAAAAAUUACCUCCUAAAGACCAGUAAAAGUCUUCGACAGCAAUUGAGCAAAAAUCUAGACAAGGAAGCCAAAGUCAAAGAGUACCAGCUUCAAGUAUUUCUUCGUUUGGAGAUGUGUUUGCAGUUCCCUUCAAUGCAGAACAGUUUAGAUGACAUGGAGCACUUAGUAGAGGAGGUGACAGACUUACUUCGAGCAGUUUGUUUAACUGAGGACCCAGCAUAUUUAUCAAGAUUUUUGGAGGAAAUUUUGGGAUUGUAUAUUGACUCCAUUCCAAAGACACUUGGAAAUCUUUACUAUAGCCUGGGAUUUGUGAUUCCCCAGAAGCUGGCUGUCAUCCUUCCUGCAGAUUUCUUCAGUGAUGAUUCUAUGACACAGGAGAGUGGAUCACCAACACUUUCUGUGCCUCAUACUCGUAGCAUGGUGUCAGUCAGCACUGAAUCUGACCAGCUGGAGGAGUUGCGGAGCCGAUCGGCCAAGAAAAGGAAGCAUGCAUUAACAAGACAUAGGAGUGUGACGGAAGCAGCACAAAAUCUUCGGCAAAUUGAAGUUCCUAAAGGUCCCAAGAGAGCUACCAAAAAAGAAAACUUUCAUCCCACUCAUCAGCAGCCCCUACUCCCAGUAAAAGAUUUGGUUCAAGAAGUGACCAAGGUUAGAAGAAACCUUUUCAACCAAGAAAUGCUUUCUCCUUCAAAAAGAUCCAUGAAAAGACUGCCCCGAAGUCAUUCAGUGUCAGCUGUUGAAGGGCUAAAAUACAAAGUUGACAACCUUAGGGAGAUUCAAGAUUAUCAUAAACUGCUAACUAAGAGGGUAUCAGAGACUCCAUUGCACAAACAGGUAUCUAGAAGAUUACUUCAGAGACAAAUAAAGGGCAGGUCCUCUGAUCCUGGUCCUGACAUUGAUGUUGUUGAAGAAUCUCCUGAAAAAGAAGAAUGUGAAACGAGUUUGAGACGAAGCCCUCGCAUCAAGCAUCUAUCAUUUGUGAGAACAAACUCUGCUUCUUUCUACCCCAUAUCACAACCAAAGCCUCGAAAUAUACAGAGAGUAUACUCAAGACAGAAGGAUGAAUCAGGUACUAAGGAAUGUCCUGUAAUUCAGGGUAUCCGAUCUCCCAAAAGGCUUUUUUUUGGUGCAGUCUCUGAGAUGACUACACCUACAAAGGAAGUGCAUCAAACUAAAAAGUCUCCAAAAAACCCAGUGGAUUCUAAGAAACUGUAUCAGACUCCUAGGAAAAGUGACCAGAAGCCUCAGACUCCCACUAACAGAAUUCUAAGGAGAUCGCCUCGAACACCACAAAUGGCAUAUCACACUCCAAGAAAACAAAGAAAAACUACUUCAAAAAAUACAUCAACAAAUCAGAUGGCUUGUAAGAAUUCGACAAAAGAUCUUUCAUCUGAUUUAGAAAUUAUAUCACUAUCUAAGGCAAAAGUAAUCCCUCAGAAGGAAAGUGCCCUGCAAAAAGAAUUCCCCUCUCCUCUUGAGAGAACUCCCCAAAAGCCAAGAAGCCAAACACCUGAACUUUUAGAGACUCCUCCUUGGUCACGUCAGAGGAAUUCCAGUCUAGCCAGUAUUUCAUGUCCAGUAGCCAAGUUCCCAAUUACUGUCCAGACCGCUAAUACUAAUUAUCUUACUCCCAUUAAACACUCACAGAAAACACCUCAGAAAUCAGGAUCCUUUAUAUCUCCAAGAAAAUCUGGUCAGGUAAUUGCAAUGACACCUCUAAGUCAGAGAAAUCAAGAUCCAAAUGUUCUCAUACAUACAAUUUCUCAAUCAGUGGAAUACACUAAGGAAUUAAAAGAUAAAACUGUUCAAAACAUAAAAAGAUCAGGGAAUAUGGUUGCUGCAUUCACACCGCCUAUUUCUCCCCCCCCAAAAAAACUAUUUAAUUCUCCACCACAUGAUGCUUCAGUAAUGACUCCAACUAAGACAUCUUUUGUGGUUUCUUUCUCUCCUACUGGACUUGAAGAAUUUGAUUGCAAGAUACAGAAAUCGCCAAAUAUGGCAGUCAUAUCUCAUUCCAGUAAUCUUAUCUCUACUCUCAGAAGGAGUUCAAGGGUAACUAAACCUAUUAACAGUCUGCCUUCACCACCUUCCAAAAUGAGGAAACAACAUAUGAGUAGAAACAAUUCCAUCCUUGAAAGAAGUUUGCCACUUUACCAGUUAAAUACUUCUGAUGGUUCUACAGUUGAACAAAAAGAUUUGGCAACUAUAAAAUUAUCCCCUAAAAAGGAGCAGGAAAAAGUAAAUCUUUCUCCUCCAAUUUCCCCCAAGGAGCACUUUCACCCUUCAGGGUAUGAAUGGCUUAAUUGCUCUCCUCUGCUUACUACCCAAAAUGCAACAGAAUGUCAAAGCAGCGAUAACUCAGAAACUUGUUUAAGACCAUCUGAAGGAUUAAAGAAGGCUCUUAGUUGUGAACAACUUUCUACACCUAAUGAGGUGUCUUCUCCACUGAAUAAAUCUAAGUCUCCUUUGGUACCUUCUUAUGCCCUGCGUUGUACUGCAGAUAGAAGGCAGAGAAAAGCUGCAGCACGGUUAGCAGAUCCAAAAGCUUCAUCUCAGUUUUCAGAAGACCAUCUGAAAGUGAUUUCUGUUAGUCCUCCAACCUAUGAGGUUGAGCUGGAGAUGCAAGCCUCUGGCUUACCCAAGCUUCGUAUUAAAAGGGUAGACUCUGUCAAUGCUGAAAGCCAAAAAAAGGUGGAUACAUCUCUAGAAGGAGAGAACAUUUCUGAUCUUGGAUGCUUGUUGCACCAGGGUAAAGCUAGCCAACUUGAAGCUACUUAUGUCUCACCUCCAUGUCUUCAUUCUUCCCAUACUACCCCAGGCAAGAGUGGGGGACAGAUGUAUAUCUGUCAGUCUUAUACUCCAACUCACUUUCCCUCUAGCACCCCUUCCCCCUCCCCAACAGAUGCUUGGGUUCCUUGGACACCAUCUCCCAGGCACAAAGGGAAGACCACUCCUGAUACAAUCCAAGACUGGCCAAGAAAAAAAAAGGCAGUAGACAGCAAUACUAAUUCUUGUGGGAGAAAUGAAAGAGGUUUGGAUCUCCUAGGAAAUAUAUCUGAAAUUGAAGAGGAGGGAAAAGAGAGAAUUUUUGAACAGGGCACGAGCAAAACUCCUGUCUUGGGGGAUUUUGAAUUUGAAGGAGUAUGUCGGCUUCCAGAUCAAUCACCUUCUAGUGACUGUGAACCUAGGCUUGAGGACAGUUUUUCAAAAGGACAAUUUGGAUUAUUCUCUAGGAAAAGACCACUUUCUUCUAAAGAGGAAACUGAGUACCAAACUAGAACUUGUGGCAGCCAAAAAGGAAAUCAGGUAAUUUCUGCUGAUAAUGAAACAAAGGAAGAAAGGAAAUCUCCAAGUAGAAGUACAAGACAGCCUUCCUCCAUGGGGGAUGAUGAAGUAUUCAUUUCAGGUUCUACCCCACCUAACUGUGCUGUGAGAAGUUGUCUCUCUGCCAGUGGUCUUCGGGCACUGACCCAGUCUCCUUUACUAUACCAAGGAAAAGCACCUUCCUUUCAGCGAAAGGAUAUUAGAGACGAAGAGAUGGAUGUGUUUCCAAGUAACGCAGACCAAGAGUCUCCUUUCAACAGAGCAAUCUCCAGGAGACAUCCUAUUAAUAGAACUUAUACUCGAAAAAGGCUGCUCAGCUAGUUCAAUUGUGUUGUAGUCACUUGGUUAUAACCAUUACUAAUUUUGUCCAAGUCCAUUUUGACUGGCACAACAGGAAGUCUCUGUUCUUAUCUCUCAUCGAUCCAAAGACUUGACUUUCAUCAGAUGUAUCAGAUACUCACAGAUUUGUGUUAUGAAUGAAUGUGUGAAAUAAUACCAGAAAACCCUAUUCAUCUUCUUUGGAACUGAGCUGAGAGAUUUCUGCAGUGCUUGUGGCCCUUUAAAGAGCUGGAGACCGGGCCUUUUUUAAAUCUUGUGAGAGCAUACAGGGCAUAAGGGCAGAGAAAGCCAAAUAGAAAGGUGCUGGGAAAUGGCUUCAAGCCUUUUUUAUUGUUCUGUUUACUGUUACUUGGGCUAGGAAAUUUAGAGGGUUAUUACUCCCUGCAUUCAAUUCCUCCAUCAUUCUUUGCUUCAUACCUCAUCCAAGAUGGAGCAAGUAGUACUGUGGGAUCAUGAAGAUAAUAUCUAAUGUGGCAGAAGAAACUGUCCACAUUCCCUUUGUGUAAUAUAAUAAAUUGUUACUUGAAACACUGUGGGUUCAACAUAUAGAUGGAGCAUCACAUAGGAGAAAGAGCAAUGGCCAUGAAAGCACUCUGUUUCUAUCACUUAUUAUCUAUGUGACUUCAAGCAAGUCUCUUAACAUGGGAGCUUGUUUUCUCAUCUAUAACAUUGACAAUAGCACUCUUAUCAAACAGGACUGUGAUCAUCAAAUGAGAGAACUAUCAAAUGACAUAAAUGACAAUUUAGAAGAAAUAUUUCUACCAGGUUUCUAAUCCUCACCAUGACUGGAAUGAGGUUAGUUGUGACCACCAUCCAAAUCUAAACUUCUUGAUAUUAAGGCUAUGUUUUCCAGAAUAAUACUUUUUUGAAAGUCAUAUUUUUAUGUUUUAGAAAGCCUUAAUACUUUCUGUCUUUAAGAAAAAUAUCUAUGAGUUCAAAAGAGUUUGUCUCAGGGAUAAAAAAUACUACUUUUUCUCAGUUUAUAGAUGGAUUUGCUAUUAAAUCAUUGGUAUGGGUUGGAAGACAACAGACCUUAGAUUUAGCUCCAUACUCACUUACACUUGGAUAUCUUUACCCGGGCUGAAAGUAUCAAUUAAGAAAAAAAUUUUUUUUCUUUUCUUAAAUAACUUCCUUUGUGCUGGUUCUAUCUAAUUAGAAAAAGGUACUCCCACUCUCUCUACCUCUGUGUCAUUAAUCAUGCUCAUAAAAAUACAAACUGCAAUCCCUUGCAAACUCAUUCCUUGGUUCUUAAAACUCACCUUAAAGUUUAUUUAUUACAAAAUGACAAUAAACAUACUUUUAAAAUGCA